UGGAGUUCACACCACUCUGCUUGAUGCUCUGUGUCUGCUGUUCCAUCCUCUUACCUCUCUGCUGCUUCUCUCUCUAUCCUGCAGUCUCUCUGAGCGUCAGUCCCAGGAGAUCUCAGUUCUUCAAUUAUAACACUUUCACCCUGAGCUGUGAGGAGCAGGGGAGCUCUGUUGGAGCGAGGGUGAGGAGGACCACCACAGAAGGAAGGUCUUCACAGUGUGGAGCAGGCUGGGGGUCUUUAGUGGGUUCCUCCUGCUAUGUGAAAGACCUGUCCUCAGGGUCCUCAGGGGACAGUGGAGUGUACUGGUGUGAGUCUGGCUCAGGAGAACACAGCCAUGCUGUCAACAUCACAGUACAUGAUGGAGCUGUGAUCCUGGACAGUCCUGUCCUCCCUGUGAACCAGGGACAAGCUGUGACUCUACACUGUAGAUACCAGCCUCCUCCCUCUGACCGUACUGCUGCCUUCUACAAGGAUGGAUCUCUGGUCAGGACUGAGGCUGCAGGAGAGAUGACCAUCCCUGCUGUGUCUACGUCUGAUGCAGGGUUGUACAGGUGCAGCAACUCUGAGCUGGGAGGAUCUCCAGAGAGCUGGCUGGCUGUGAGAGUUUAG